AUGGAGAAGGUCAACUCCCUGAGCUCCGCUUCUAAAGGAGUGUGGGUGUCGGUUCUGGUAUGGAUGUUCCUGAUUUACCUUCAGGUUCCAACAAUGAUGACACGAAGCUAUUACAACAUUUUUUUGGGCAAGAAACUGGCUCCUCCAGGCUACCGUUUUCGACCACAAGUGAUUCUGCAAGAUGAACCCCGUGUGUUUCCUUCCUCUACCUUUGAUGGCAUCCUAGCCGAGAUAGAAGAAGAAGAGAAGGGAGGUGAAGAAGAAGAUGAGAUGGGUCCACAUCUCAAUGAAGACGACAAUAUCAGUGAGGAGGAGGAGGAAGAAGAAGAAGAAGAAGAAGAUCCCUGUCCACAAGGCCGGGUCUUGGUGGUUGGAGCCGCUGGCAGUGUGGGCAGUUCGGCCACCAAAAUGCUGCUGGAACAAGGAUUCUGUGUCCGUCUCUUUGUGACCGACAAUCACAGACAAGUCAAGAAGAAACUCCAGAGCUUGUUUGACAAGAACGACAAUCAAACAUACUUUUUGGAAAUGGUUGAGGGCCACUUUGGUGACUGUUCUCUGGAUGGUGCAUUGCAUUCGGUCACACAUAUUCUCUUUGCCGCCACCAGUCACGGAAAGUCUUGGCAGGUGGGGCAUCAUCACGAGGUGGCCGAAUGUGCUGUGGCUGCAGCCCAAGUUGGCACCAUCCAAUCCAUGGUGGUAAUGAGUUCGGCAGGGGUCGGCAAACCGUAUUCCCUCGGAUCCAUCCUCUACAACAGUUGGUAUGGAGAUCUUUCCUCGGUGCGUAAUUAUCAAGGAGAAGAUACCAUGGGGUCCAUUGCUGUGCAGAAAGAAGACUAUGUGGAUGUCAGCUGUGAUGACUAUGAUGGUGCUAGCAAUCAGAUCUGCACUCGACGAGCAACCGCGCCACUCAACUAUGUCAUUCUUCGUUCUGGGAGUCUCGAGCAAGAUGGAAUCCACGAUGAUGAACAGCAGGGAAUUGAUGGCUUUGGUAAAACCAGAACGGCUCCUGGCAUGAGCCAUGUGCAACUGGCUCGAGCCGCUGUGGCAGCACUGAUUGUACAAGGGAGAGACGCAGACGAAGUGACCCGUGGAGAGGCUGAUCCCAGGGAAUCUACUGCACUGUUCAACAUGCUCGUUCAAGACAAUGACAGUUUCUACCACGCCAACCGAACCGUGACAGUAAAAGAUGUCGAAACCGUUCAUGCGCAGGCAGUGGCAGACUUUUUAAAUAUCCUCUGGGCACUCUUUGUGGGCACCUGCCUGCUUGUAGUUAUUCUGGGAGCCCCGCAAGGCCUUUGCUUAUCCAUGACACUGUACAUCAUUACCAUUCUGAUGUGGACAUGGCUCUUGUCCGGCCGCACUGUUUGGGACUCCCUGGAAUCUGGAUUUCAGCCAAGGAGUGCACCCUUCAUAAUGAAGAUGCCGGGUUUAUCCUUGUUCAUGGGAAUUGAUCAAUCUUAA